AUGGCAGCGGAUGAGGAUGUGCGGGUGCGACAGCUGCGCGGUCUGGGCAACCUCUACAUGCUGGCGCUCUGCCCCGAGGACACGCCCUUCACCCUGCCUGAACUACAGAAGCGAAGUCAGCAGGAGGCCAACAAGCGGCAGAGCUUCUACUUCUUCAUCUUCCUCUUCCUCGUCCUCUUCUUCGCCACCAUCAAGCGGUGA